CGUUAUUUAAAUUAAUAAUCCUUUAAAAUGCUUAUCAUUCCGUUGUUGGUAGUUUACAAUCACUGAUAUACGAUGAUUUGGAAGAAUUUGUUUAUUUUUGCGAUAUAUAUACUGAUCUCAAACAACUUGUGCUUAGCUGCCAUCCAAUCAACUUCGGAAGACCGACAACCAAACGCCAACUUCUUGGAAGUUCUAAUUAGAAAAUGUUUUACGGUCCAAGACGAAAAUGCAGAUAUUACUUACAAUCCAAACAAUAUAGUAGAAGACCUAAAUCAACAAGCAGGUGUUCCGCUAUUCAAUCCAUCGAAUAACGGCUUGAAAAUCAACUCAAAAGUAUUUUCAAAUCUUCUAAUCAACUGCCUGAAAUCCAACGUAGACAAAGUAACGAGUAACAAGAACGUUCAAGAACAUUUUUCGAAAAUUAUAACGAAUAGAGAAGACGAACUCUCAACCGUUUUAAACGUGUUGUUAUACGGUAGAGAAAUUUCCCUACAAGAUAUAGAACAUUUAUUAAAUGCAAGAAAUAGAAAUCGCUCUAAAAGAGACGCGCAAAAUCCUUUAAACAUAAUCCAAGAUCUGUUAUUAAACCUGGUCAUCGAACCCAUAAAAUCGAACUUAAAUAGGGUCCUCGAUAGCGUUAGAACCGCAUUAGAAUCGUUAAUAGUACUACCAGAAAACAUUCAUAACCCUAUACAGGGUAUUAUCGUCCAAAGCACUAAUUCAGCUAUAAACACUGCAAUCAAUCUGAUUUCUAAUAUUCAAACCCAAUUGAAUGCACUUUUAGAUAGCACUAAAAGUGCCUCGAAUUCUGCAACGCAACCGAAUGCCUUAGAGAGAUCCAAAACCAGAGAGCUGGCAUUUCCUUUCGAUAUGAUAUCGAACAUGCUUGAAACGACGAUAGUGGGACCAAUACGGACUACCAUAAACAAGAUUUUGGUGACCUUAAAUACUACUAUUUACUCUUUUUAUACCACCGCCAGUAACGAUAACCCAGUACAGGGUGUUUUGAAUAACGUCAUCAAUGAAUCCGUCACGAGUAUCGUCCAAGUUAUAAAUUCUAUUUACGCACAAGUCAAUACCAUAUUGAAUGGUAUCAGCGGAGCCAAUUUUAGUACAACAACGUAAUAAUUAUCGAAUUUUAUAUUUAUUGUAAAUUAUUUUGUUGAAUAAAAAUGUUAAAUCAA